AUGGCGCAUAUAAACCAAGCCCGCGUCUCCGCCUUCCGCAAGGCGCGCGACAACCUCGUAACCCUCUUAGAGCAGCAAUCGACCUUCCUACGCCACGAUAUCGACAGCCGCGCGUAUGUGAUCCCCAACCUCCGCCUCCAGCUCAUCCAGCAUAUCAACAUCGUCGCCUCUCUCUCUCGGAAGAUGGCCGUCGACAGCCGCCACCACCCCUACGUCCUAGUCCAACAGAGCGGGUUUUACGAGACGGUCGUUCCUAUGCACUGCGCCGCGAUGAAGGGCCAGUGUGCCUAUCUUGCGGAUCGGCUGCGCGAUAACCUUUGCACUGACGUUCCUAUUGCUGUGGCGAGACUGAUUGAUCAGAUUGUGGCUAACUUGUGCUUUUAG